AUGACUGAGAAGAGGUUUGGAGUGAGCAGAUCGGAAAGGAAACCGUUUCAAGCCAUUAAGGCGAUCAACACAGUGUGGACUGACCAGCAGCAGUCUGUACCAGAAGACAGCCAGGCUGGCCCAUCAAGAGGACACAAAGACAGAAGACGCCAACUGGGGGGCGGGAGGACGAAACGAGAGGGACGAGAAGAGUACGCGGAGCAACAGUUAAUGGAAUUGGAGACAUUAUGCUUUUGGAUCACGUGGCUUCGGGUGGUGCCGAGAGGCGAUUGCCGUUCUAUACUCUCCUCGCUUCAGCCUCCGUCACACUCAAUGCGCUCCGAUCUGAGCUGGGCUGCCUCAAGUGCCGUAGCAUUCGACAUGACUGCGGCUUGGUUACCGGGUCUAGUGGCCUACAGAACGGGGGAGAGAAAACAUAAAUAG